AUGGUCAAAGCAAAUUGUGAUGGUGCUUGGUUUGAGCAAACAAUGCGGGGAGGUUUUGGAUGGGUGAUUUGGGACUUUCCAGGUUGGAUGAUGCAAGCGGGUGGUCAAGGAGAUAUGCUUUAUGGGUUGGCUCUCAUGGCGAAGAUGGACGCUAUAAGGGCAAUUCUGCUUGUUUGUCAUCAAGGGGGUUUCUCUCAGGUGGUGGUGGAGUCGGAUUCCCAAGUUGCCAUCAAGAUGGUGAAGGGGGAGAUGGCGAUGGAUAUAGAGGUAGAUAGUAUUCUCUUCGACAUCCAGACUGCAAUUCGAGAAUUCCAAGAAGUAAUUUUUAUUUUUGCACCUCGCAGCUGCAACAAAUCUGCUCAUGAGGUUGCAACUUUUGCGUGUAGGGUAGGUGGUAGUUACUAUUGGGAUUUUGUACCUCCAGAUUGGUUGUUUAAUACCUUAGCUGGAGAUGCUAAUGUUCGUGUUCGCCUUUAA